AUGGAUUUAGUUAAUCAUUUGAACGAUAGAUUGCUAUUCGCAAUUCCAAAAAAGGGACGUUUAUAUGAAAAAGCAGUCUCCAUACUAAAUGGUUCUGAUAUUAAAUUCCACAGAUCACAAAGAUUAGACAUAGCAUUAUCUACAAGUUUACCAGUUGCCUUGAUUUUUCUACCAGCAGCAGAUAUCCCAACGUUCGUUGGUGAAGGUAAAUGUGAUCUAGGUAUAACCGGUGUUGAUCAGGUUCGUGAAUCUCAAGUUGACGUUAAUUUGGCAAUUGAUUUGAAAUUUGGUAAUUGUAAAUUACAAGUCCAAGUUCCACAAAAUGGUAAGUAUACGAGCCCAGAACAAUUAAUUGGUAAGACAAUUGUAUCUAGUUUUACCAACUUAACAAAAGAAUAUUUUGCAAAAUUGGAAAAUACAACGAUUGAAAACAUGAAGACAAAAGUUAAGUAUGUCAGUGGUUCAGUGGAGGCAUCAUGCGCAUUAGGUGUUGCUGAUGCGAUCGUUGAUUUAGUAGAAAGCGGUGAAACCAUGAGAGCAGCUGGUUUGACAGACAUUGCAACAGUGCUAGAAACUAGCGCCACAUUAAUAGAAUCUAAGAAUCCUAAAAGUGAUACACAAUUGAUAGAAACUAUUAAAUCAAGAAUCGAAGGUGUCAUGACAGCUCAGGAAUACGUUUAUUGUACUUACAACGCUAAGGAAUCACAGCUAGAAGAAUUGUUCAAGAUAACCCCAGGGAGAAAAGCCCCAACAAUUUCCAAAAUAGGCUCAGAUGGUCAAUGGAAUUCUGUAUCAGUAAUGAUCGAGCGUAAACGUAAAGGUGUCAUCCUAGAUGAGUUAAAAUUAAAAGGUGCUACAGACAUAAUGGUGUUUGAAAUACAAAAUUGUCGUAUCUAA